AAGAAAGUCUGCCUUAUACGGAUAAUUUUAGCUCUGUAUUGCUAUCUGAUUAGAUUAGUUUUUGCAUUUAACUGAGAAAUCUUCGAAAAUGUCCAACUCACCCACAAGUCAAUUAUCGGCUCACACAUCUGAACGUCCAAAUCGAAAUGAUCCAGUCAGUUCUUCUGCUGCACAAGCCAAGUCUUCAUUGAAAAAAACGGCCCAGAAACAGUAUGAAGCAAGAUUGGACCAACAACAAUCUCAGAUUGAUGCUCUUGUGUUAAGAGUGGCAGCCUUGGAGACUAAUUGCGGACAAGGAUUCUCAAUGACAGGCGAUGGUUCUUGUGCCAUAACCAACAGUACUAGUGAGAACUCUCUUGAAAAUGACUCAAGAAGUGUGACGAGUUCGACAUUUACCUCUACGGACUCUGUCCACUCCAACGGUCCCAGAACAUCACGAGAUGGACACUCUCUGGGACUAUUUGAUAUUGACACUGAAAUCACCGAGAUGCAGUUUCAGAUUCACGAAGACUGGGCAAAAUUACCCAAACUUGAUACGCAAACCGCUCGCCAAUGGUUACGUGCCAUCUAUAUAUUGAGAAAUGACGCCGAUUUCGAACAAUUACUUAAGACAGAAUCCGAAGUCGAUUGGGCCGCUUUGCACUUUACAUUCGGAUAUUUUGGCGAGGACUUAGAAUAUUAUUACGCCGCCUGGAGAGAGCACCUCAUUGCACCUUAUCGUCAUAACUCCCUAAGAACACUUGGUCAACCAGACAAUAUCACUGUUGAUGUCCUUCUAGAUUAUUUAACGAAUUUUGAAGAUAAAGCGAGAAGUUCGGUCAUAAUCAAAGAGUUGAACAGACGUAAAACAAUUGGAAGUAACCCAGACAGUCAAUCGUUUGUCGCAGAAUUUUUUGAUAGGGACAAUGAUUACAACGACCGUACAAUUAGGUUUCUAGACGAUAUGCCUGUUCCUCUAGCUGAAACAGUCAAGCACUACUGCACUCAGAGUGAUGAAACAAAACGUCUGAUCGCUGUUACAACAGUCCAGUAUUACUUUCAGGAGUCAAUCCGCCUAGCAAGGUUCAUGUACCCUAGUGCCGAAGCUUUUGAAUCCAAAGUUCAACUUACACCGGGUUACUCGGGUAACUCAAACUCAAUACCCUUUGGUUCGCCUGAUUCAAGAAUGGAUCGUAAACCCAAGAACAAGAGAAGAAACCGUUCCCGUUACUCCAAGAAUAAGUCUACAUCGAACAAAGACGAACUCAAUUACUUCUAGCAGUUGCAGAUCACAUGACCGGCUUCACCAUGGCAAUGGCGGCUGCUGGGAGAAAACAGAGCUGCAAUUGCCCAAAGCGUCUUUAUGUCACAUCUAUAAUUAUUGCUUGGUUUGAGCCUCUUCCGUGUGCCGGAGUUUUACGAGAUUAAGCCAUCGCGCCUGCAAAUGUAGCCCACGUGUGCGCCAACGAGGAGGAAAAUGUCGCGCUCGUGGGGUGAAGUAUUGGCCCAGUAGGGAGCCAUGGGAAGAGCAGCUUAGACAGAAAUAGAGAGAUUUUUCAGGCUGCCAGAUGAAAUGAGGAAAUUACAGGCCACCGAUAGCGAAUCACGGAAGAGUAUCUAUCCACGAAAUAGUCCAAAUAUUCUAAAUAGUACCAAAAAUCACCAAUUUCACUGUUUCCAG